AUGGAGAGCGAGUUCGGGGGGCCUAUUGUGAGCGGCAGAGGGACUUCCGGGGCCAGUCGCACUCCCGGUGGACACGGCGGGAGUGGGGUGAGCUUCCCUGUACCGCCCGCGGAGCUGGAGGCUCCAGCCCAGCGCCCUUGGAGGCACUUCGCGGAGGAGCGCGAGGCCUUGGGGGCGGGGCUCGCGGGGGCGGGGGUGGGCGGCGGUGCCCCUGGCGGGGGCGGGGAGGGGACUCGGGCCGCCAGAAGGAGCGUCGAGGUGCGUCGCGACGCUUCUGGGCUCCGCUCCGGCAGAACUGUGGAAUUCUACAAGUAUGUCAACGAUGACCUUGCAGACGCGCGCUCCAAGGACUGGCCGCUGGUUGGUUCGCCGUGGCCCGUGCUCGCCAUCACGCUGGCCUACACGCACUUCUGCCUGCGCCUGGGACCGCGCCUCAUGAGGGACAGACAGCCCUUCGACGUCGACCGGCUCAUAGUCGCGUUCGACCUCUUCCAGAUCCUCGCGUGCGGGUGGAUGACCGUCCAGGGUUUCUACUACUUUCCAGGAAGAUACAAGUUCUUCUGCGAGCCUAUUGACUACUCAAAUGAAGAGUAUUCUUUAUAUGCUGUACACCUGGCAUGGUUAUACUAUAUGUUGAAGAUACUGGAUCUUCUUGACACGGUAUUCUUCGUUCUUCGGAAGAAAACCAGCCAGAUCACAUUCCUGCACGUCUAUCACCACGCAAUCAUGAUUUUCACAGGAUACAUUGCUGUUAAGUAUGUCGGAGGAGGCCAUUUCAUCCUGCUCGGUCACCUGAACAGCUUCGUGCACACUGUGAUGUACACCUACUACCUGAUCACUAACAUCAGGCCGGAGUACAAGAGAUCCAUCUGGUGGAAGAAGCACAUCACGCAACUGCAAAUAGCGCAGUUCCUGACGCUGUUCGUCCAGAACUUCCCGACCCUCUUCUGGGACGACUGCGACAUCCACUUCGCGUGGAGACUGGCGCUGACGGUGCAGGUGACCUUCAUGACCCUCAUGUUCCUGGACUUCUACCGCAGGGCGUACCGCGCCAAGAGCGCCGACUAGCGCGCGCCACGUCAGUCCCGCGGCGAGCCGUCCGCUCCUCGCUGACCACCUGCGGGGCAGCACCUGGGCUGUGCUGCGACACAUCCCAAGAGCGCUCACGUGCUGACUGCAUCGACUGCACCGACUGCGCUGUGCUCAAUGAGCUGGGGGCAUGCAUAUUUCACGAAAAGAUUCAGAGAAUAGCUGAAAGUUAAAAUACUAUGUGAUCGAUUGUGUUUCGUUAUUGGUAGUGACCUGAAAAAUUCGCCGGUUCAAUGACCUCUAGCAUGAACUCCACAGUUCUACGUACACUCAUUCAAAUGUCACCCACUCAUUGGCUGCUGUCUUGUGAGACGUCCCAACGUAGCAGUAUGUGAUUUGAUGCUGCUUUAGUUGAGUUUUUUUUUUCAUUGGCCCAGAGUCAUCCAGGUGAGUUGUGAGCUAAUAGCAGAGGCAGCACUGAGGUAUAACUAUUUGAAUUCUAGCCUAUCGCGAAAUGAAUCCGCGAAUUUUUCCGGUCUCUAGUUAUUGGUUGAGUUUCUUUAAGGUGCCUGUCGAUUGUUACAACACCAAUCACAGUAAUUCCGUGUGGAAGCAAACUCGUCCUUAGUGGCCCGGUCAAAUAAGACAACGACUUCUCUCGCAGACUGCCGCCAAUCGCAAGGAAGAAACCGCUCAUGUUGAUAUACCUUGUUGCAGUCUAAUAGGCGUUCAGAUUUUUUUCGCGAUAAAUGCCUGCCCCUACAAUGACCACGCGUGGUCCACUGUCAGACGAGCCCGUGUCUGCUUGUUCGCGCGGUUCCCCCCCCCCCCCCCCCCCCCAACCACAAGAUACCGGUCAGUUCCAUGUUAUUUGGACUCCCUGAACGUCAACUGCGGAAACACUUUCCAAACGGCUUUGUUUCACAGAAGUGACUGCGUUUAUCGGCGGAGAUUACAAUUCACACUCAACUUCACUGCCCAACAUCAGGCGCGAUCAAGCCACAUUGCCGCAAUGCUUCGAGCGGGACAGUAUGGUGAUGGCGGAGUUAAAAAGUGACUUCAGCCAUGUCGCAACAUGUCGUCUCCUGACAAUUCCUAACUCCAUGUUUGCUCUUUUCUUUAUACCACAGAGUUUCAACUAUCAAACUGUCAAGUUACGUACGUAUGUUUAUUGGUCUAUAAACAAUCACGUACAGAAGUUUCAUUAAUCUGUUGUCUUAGAGAUUUUAUUCAUCCAGGGACCAAAUGAUUGGCCGAAAAAAUAAAAAUUCCUCCACAAUGUGAUAUUCUUAAGUUGGUAAUAAGAUCCCACAACAUUAGCAGCACAGUGUGGCUAUUCAAAAGAGUCGUAAUUUUUUUCAUGUUUUCAAUUUUCCGCUGCCAGAAUCGUAAUAUACUCUGAUGCAUUAAACAUUAAAAUUAAAAAGCUUUAUUGAAAACACAUACAUAAAUAUUUUCCUGGCUAAUUUUUACCGAUGGACCAACAACAUCACAGUUAUUAUAAAUAAUAUUAUAUUAAAACAUGUAAUUCAAAUAAAUGAAUUUUUUUUUCAUUAGUGCGAUGAAAAAGUUUAAUUGGUCCUUAAACCACAUACAGUGUAUGUGGUAAUUCUAUUUAAAAAAUUUGUUUUCACAUCUGUGUCAAUUUAAAUUAUGGUAACAAUUUCUCUUCAGAAAAUUAAAUAAUCGCAAACCAUUUGGAAACAACUGUUUGCAAUUUUCCUGUAUACCAAUUAAAUUUCAUGACUUUUUACCCAAUAAGAAAUUUCCAUAAUUUUUUCUGUAUUUCCUCACUUUCUUGGAAUCAUUUUCCUAACCAUUCAGUGCAGGAGAUGUGCUCGUCUGAUACAACGGUUAAGAUGGAAUUUUUUUUUGUUAUAAUUAAAUGAUAUCUGUAAAGACAACUUUAAUUCGCUUUACAAACAGCGAAUGCCGGUUUGUUUUUGUCUUCACUACUACAUCUUAUUUGUACAAACGCAAGUGGGGAAUAAAAUGUCAAAAUAUACAUUUUUUAGUAUUUAGUUAUAAUACUUGCAAUGUAUGUACAUACAUUAUUGUAUUUUUUAUGUUUAUUAAAUAAAUGCAGUUUAAA